AAUUAAAAUGGAAUUAAAAUACCAAGUGAAUUGAAAAAAAAUGAUGUUUAUAUUACUAUCACAUUAACAUCCAAACAAAAUAUAAUUUUAUUUUUUAUUAAUUAUGUUGAUACUUACAUUACAACUCUCAACUGAAAGCGUUUUUCGUUCGGAUUGCAAUUGGGUACCAUUAUAUUGAAACAACUAAAAUAUUUACAUUUUCAUUUAAAUGUUAAACUAAUAAUAAAUAAUAAGAGUGUAAUACAAUAUAUAAAUAAUAUUUAAUAUACAUAACAUACACGAGAUGCAUUAUCGAUUUAUCCUUGGAUAAAUGAGAACCCGAAUGUGUACAUGUGCUGUGAUAUUUAUAUUUAUAAAAUAAAAAUAUUUUUUUUUCUCUCUUCAUUUUAAUUAUUUUGUUUUGUCAUGUGGCUAAAAAAAACGGUGCACAAUUAUUGUACCAUAUAACAUUGGUGCAGUUGCAGUCAUUUUUAUUUUUAUCGCCCGUCUCAGUGCUACAAUAAAAAUAAAUUUCAAUAAAAAAAAACUUGCAACAAAAAAACAAUUAAAAACAAUUUACUAUCAACAAAUAUGAGCUGUAAAAGUUGAUUAUUACAAUGACACAGUGAACGAAAAACAAUUUCAUUACCACAGAGAGAUAACGAAUUUAAUUAUUCCAUUGAACGACGAAACAAGUUGCAUUUUUCUCUGUGUCUCUGUGUUGGGUGCGCGUUUCACCCAAUCGCAAUUCACCAUAAUUCCACCACACCUCCGUGCCAAAUAAAUCCAUCAAACUGGAACCAUAUGACGUAACAACGAUGUAUGCAUACGCGCAGGGUGGCUCACAUCAAGUGGGACCCCCGCAUUAUGCAUCACCACCCACAUACCAUAUGUCGCCGCACAUGACCACGCAUCAUCAGUUGGCAGCGUCAAUGCCCCUGGCCACAUCGCUGGGGGCCACUGCCGUUGAUCAGCAUCAUCUACAAAACGAUCAUAUGUCGCAUCAUGCGCCCAUGCAUCAUAUGGAGCCACAGUUAACCGAAUUAGCGUCGCAAACUAAACGGCGGAGAUCAGAUGAGGAAGACCCAAGUGGGAACAAAUAUAACAGAAUGGAUGACGAUAAUAUUCAAGACAAAGAACGAUUUGCAAGUAGGGAAAACCAUUGCGAAAUCGAAAGGCGCAGAAGAAACAAGAUGACAGCAUACAUCACCGAACUAUCAGACAUGGUGCCAACGUGCAGUGCAUUGGCGCGAAAACCCGACAAAUUAACCAUACUUCGAAUGGCUGUGGCACAUAUGAAGGCGUUGAGGGGUACGGGCAACACAAACAACGAUGGCACCUACAAACCAUCAUUUCUAACCGAUCAGGAACUUAAGCAUCUAAUCCUUGAAGCAGCCGACGGAUUUCUUUUUGUCGUUUCUUGUGAUACUGGACGAAUCAUUUAUGUGUCGGAUUCGGUCCAGCCGGUGUUGAAUCACUCACAAAAUGAUUGGUACAAUUCGUCGCUGUUCGAGAACAUUCAUCCGGACGAUCGGGAAAAAGUUCGAGAACAAUUAUCAACUCAGGAACCGCAGAAUACCGGCAGAAUUCUGGACUUGAAAACUGGUACGGUGAAAAAGGAGGGACAUCAAUCAUCCAUGAGACUGCACAUGGGUUCACGUCGUGGUUUUAUAUGUCGAAUGAAAGUAGGCAACGUUAGUUCGGACAGUAUGGUCGCUCCACAUUUGAAUCGAUUGAAACAACGAAAUUCGUUGGGCCCGUCACGAGAUGGAGUCAACUAUGCCGUCGUUCAUUGUACAGGCUACAUAAAGAAUUGGCCACCGACCGACAUCUAUCCGAACGUUCAAAUGGACCGAAAUCAAGAGGAUGACAUGCACGCCCACUGUUGUUUGGUGGCAAUCGGUCGAUUACAGGUCACAUCUACGGCAAAUUCCUCGGAUCUGGCUGGUGGCAACAGUAAUAACGAAUUCAUAUCUCGUCAUGCGAUGGAUGGAAAAUUUACGUUUGUUGAUCAGAGGGUGAUGCACGUGCUGGGAUACAAUCCUACCGAUUUAUUGGGCAAAAGUUGUUACGACUUCGUGCACCUGGAAGACCAAGGACAUAUGAAAGAGAAUUUCGAAUUGGUACUGAAGCAGAAGGGACAAAUGUCGCAUGUUAUGUACCGUUUUCGGACGAAGAAUCGCGAAUGGGUGUGGUUGAGGACACAGGCGUACGCAUUUUUGAAUCCCUUUUCCGAAGACGUCGAGUAUAUUGUGUGUACAAACAGUUUUAAGCCGAUGAAUGCGGGUGCUCAGGAACUGGCCACGCCCGAACAUGAACAAGUCUAUCAGGCACCAGGCAUCGAUUAUUCACUGCAAGCGGGAGGAAGACGAGAUCCGACUCCGACGGCAGCUGUUUACAACACCCAUGGCAUGAUUUCUCACAUUCCGGCACAAAAUAAUGUUGUACAGCGUCCGAAUAGUGCUCAAAAUUCAAUUGCUUAUCAAACAUCACCUACGCCCGCUGCGACCGCAUGGACAUUGCGACAGCAACCCGUAACUGAAAGUUACCCCAGCUACAACCAAGUUAGUCCAUCUCGAUCGCCAAGCGGGCCCACGUACACUCAACUUAGUGGUGGAAACAAUAGACAGAACUAUCAUACAACAACCGCACCGCAAGCAAAUUCAGGAAUGUGGGGCUGGCAAAAUCCCAAUCAGUCAUCCGAUCCAGGUCCUGGUUCGAGCGGCAAUCACACUGCCGUACCAGUAUCAGCCGGUAAUCUUCAGGGACAACCACAAGGUCAAGAGCUAACCGAAAUGUUAACGAUGCUUGACCACGGACCGGCCACAUUCGAGGAUUUGAACAUAAACAUGUUCAGUACGCCAUUCGAAUAGGGGAGAAAAACUGGCGACUGGACGGUUUUUGAGUGUGUGUGCUUUUGUGUUCUUAUAGUCGGGGUACGCGGCGAUGGUGACUUUGGGGGCAUUUAUUUUAGUAGAAAAUUUCUUUUUUGAUUAUAGGUUUGUAAUGAGAAAAGGGAACGGACAGUGAAAGCUAAGCGCUUUUAGAGUUUAAAACACAAGACAAAGACGUUACGUAUCGUGUUACCCUCAAUUUACCUUUUAAAUUUAAACUGAAAACAUCAUCCCUCUUUAUGGUUUACAUUCUAGACAUGUAAGAUUAAAGAAACUUAAAAAAAACAAAUUUUUUUUCUCGUCUUUUCCUUAUUUCGCAUCAUAGAAUUGUAAGUAAAUUCAACAAUUUAAAUAUUAAGAUAAUCCCUUCAGACACAAAUGAAAAAUUGUAAAAACAAUUGUUAGAGUGUACAUUUAACAAUCUUAAUUAGACAAAGAAGUAAAAAAAUAAAAAUAAAAAUAAAAAAAACGAAAAAUAAAGAAGAAAAAAAGUUUAAAUAAUUGUGUGACAUAGCGUCCUAAAUCAAAAGAAAAUUCAGUUUUCUUCAUCUGUUUUUCGUUACAUAAAAUAAAUGAAAAACACAAAACAGUCAACGAGUUAUUGUGUAACAACAAUCAGUUUCUUUUGUAAGCAAAACAACAACAAACCGAUAAAAAUUCACUAAGAUUUAUUCAUCACAAAUUUACGUAAAAAUUAAAAACAUUUCAGUGA